AUCCCUGAUGGUGUCGGUUGCAAUGCUCCUUGGGGUGUCCCAUUUGAUGAUAAGAUUUAUGAAGGCCUCAGCUGUAACUCGGGUGGCAUUACCGUUAAUGCCUCAGUGCCUGUAUCAGUAGGUUGGUUUGCUCGUCUCUUCCUCUUCGUUGUUUUUUGUGAUGCUAUUUUGAGAUUUUGUGAUGAUAUUGUUGAUGUUGAUGAUGAUAAUAGUGAUGGUGAUAGAGAUUGGUGGAAGUUUUUGAGUUGUUUUGGUGAUGAUAAUUUGUGGAUUUGGAUUGUUAGUGGAGGAAGUUUGAUGGUGAGGUGUGAUGGUAAUGGUAGUUUGGGUGGUGAAGGUUUUUAUGAAGAUGGUUUGAUGUUGAAGUGGUUUUGA